AUGGAGAUGUCGCUUCCGAACGGAGUAGAUGUGUCUCAGCUGGUACAGCACCCAGUGCUCGCGGCCUUGCCGCCGUUCUUCCUCAGAGCUUCGGAGAGAUACCAGAGGACGCCCAAGUGCGCGCGGUGUCGCAACCACGGAGUGGUGUCCGCGCUGAAGGGCCACAAGCGGUACUGCCGCUGGCGGGACUGCGUCUGCGCAAAGUGCACGCUCAUCGCUGAGAGACAGCGCGUCAUGGCUGCACAGGUACCUGUACUAUUGUUUGAUUAUCUCCGAAGGGGUAGACAGGCAGGAGUAGUGUCACAGGUGGCGUUGCGUCGUCAGCAGGCGCAAGAAGAGAACGAGGCCCGGGAACUGAACCUACUGUACGCAGGCCAGACUGCCGCCCCGCCGCACCACUACGACAUGCCCGACGACUCGCCUGUUCAGAAGCGCGCACGCAUCACAGAGGUAUGCUCGAGCCCGUCCCCGCCUGCGCCGGCGGCUGACAACAAGACUCCCGCUGCCACCCCUCCCCUUGCUACCCCUCCCCCUCCCUCGCCGUCAGAGCACGAACUCAACGUCGAAGAGGAACUCGACGAGUCAGAGACCUCCUUAACUCCUGAGAACUUAUCCUUGAAAGAACCACGCGUCGAAGAGGUCCCCGUCAAGAAAGAGGAAGAGGAUAAGUGGGAGAACCCUGACUUCAAAUACAAGAUGUUCAGACGAGAGAGAAAGCCAGAGAGUAUACCAGAACCGAGCUCUGAUGAGUCGCAGUCUUUUCAAAAAUCCCCCGUCGACGUCCUGAUCAAAGUAUUCCCUCGUCGCAGCCGUCAGGAAAUUGAGACGAUUCUUUCCAGAUGUAAAGGCGAUGUCGUGGCUGCAAUGGAGAUGAUGAUCAACGGAGGAGACUCCUCGAACCCUUAUGCGAUGACGCAGGAGUCGCCCCCUUACAUGCAGAGUUUCCAGUCGAAAUCUGCGUUCUCUCCUCUUUCGAACCAGAGCUUUAAGUUCUCCCCUUCGCGAAGGUUUUUGACGCCUCCUUAUAGUGGAACCGGGUAUCUUCCUACUGUGAUCAGGCCGCCUCCUGACUACUUGUCAAGCUUCAUGCCACCGUCAGAACUGAUGUACGGGCGGCAGCUCCAGGUGCCGUCUCCAGGGACCUCACCAGCGUCUGAUAACACGAAUAACGAAGGGUUCUCUGAUUAG